AUGGCAGACAAACACAACCACGAGACAAGCGUACAGAUGAUGUUGAAAGCCAGUGAGUCUCGUGCUCGUCAAGCCGCCCAAGACAAAGCUACGCAGCUGGAGAGCACUCAGGGUGUUGGCCUGCUGGAGCCCACAACGAACUCAAUCGGUGCACCGCCUACUGAAGCUAUGCAGCCCCAGGGUAGUGUGGAACCAGAAAACCCUUCUAUACCUACUUCUAUACCUACUGAGAUGGUUAUGGAUGGUGGAGGUAGUAUACUAGGCAACACGAAGCCUGCAGACGAAACUAUACUUCAUACAGCCGAGCCUGCUUCCCAGGAAGACCAUCACUCGGAUAACGGACAGGGCAUUUAUCGUCACCAUGGCAACGGGGAGCAUCUUCAGCAACCCACGGUUUUGUGUAGCUCUUACAAGGGCGAUGAGUAUACACACGCGGAGAAGUCUGACACAGGUGCCGUCAGUGCUGGUAAACCAGAGCACCAACAUCAGCAUGGUGGUGCGUGCAAGGCUGGUUGUGAGUGUACCAAACAUAACGAAAGUGGGCAUGCUGACAAGGGAACGGAUCAUCAGUAUCAGAUUGAUGAAAGGGUGGCCGCCGACGGUGGCCCUCAGCGCGAGUAUGAUGCGCAUGGUGAUGUUGGUGCAGAUCGCCAUAGCAACGAUCGUUCCCAAGGGAACCACCGCCAACACAGCCAUGACCGCAGCCAAGGAUAUGGACAUCGUUCCACAAAUACCGACAGCGAGGCAGGAUCCACAUCUAAGAGACCUCGUGACGGAGGAAUGGUUCAGGAUGUACAUCGUCAGCCUGACAGCGUUCGAGAGGGUGAGCACACGUAUGACAACAUACAUGAUCGUGCACGCUACACGCAUCAGUCCGGACGCGCACACGGAUACGAACGUCAUCAUAGCACGGAGGAUGCUGGUGAUGCGCAGGCACAUGGUGAAGGUGCCUUUCACCAUGGCCACCACAGAGAGUCUCAGGCAAGUGCACGUGCACAUCAGCACAGCACCGGAUUCCCUAUCAGCGAGGCUACGAGAACUAGCGGACCGGCUGUGGCUACGAAGCGUGCUCACUCGUCGCCAAUUGUAAGUCUCGCGACUUCCGAGGGAGAAAGCUCUGAACCGGUCCAAGAUUUCGGUGCGGGUACGAAGCGCCAUGCGGCUGAUGAGGAGAUCUUAACAACACGAGUACGCCGCGGCGAGCCAUUGCACCAUGAUCAGUUGAAGCGCCGUCGCCCCGACACGGUUCUGCACACUCCUGCUUUACAGGAGGACACGAUCUUGGAUAGAGUGAUGGAGGAAAAUGCCGAGCUGACUGAUCAUAAUGCCGGGCUGAUUAGUCAAAUUGUCAAGCUGAAGGCGGACAGAGAAUUCCUGGAACAAAGAAUUCAAGCUCUCGAAGCCACGCAGAAGUCCACAGUCCACAGGCAGAGCAAAGCGGAGAAGAAAUUGAAAAUAAUGAAACGUAAGAUAGCUGAGAUGCUCAUCAUCGUGAACUAAACCCCAU